GAGAGUCGUGGGGAAUGUUAAGAGAGACGACGCCCAACUUAAAAAAUGACGUCAGAUAGUUUUAUGGCAUAUCCAUUUGUGUACAACAAGUGUUGACAACUAAAAUUUCAUCAAAAUAUUAUAUUUUUACUUGUCAAAUAAUUACUAAUAACAAUAAUUAUUAUUAGUUUACUAUACCAAAAGUUAUUAGAAAAAGAAAAAACAACGAAAAUGUUAAACAAAAUACAAAUAUUAUUCAUUGGAAUUAUAAUCGUCUCUUGUAUGUCAAUAGGAUGCCAAGCUGUUAGAUGUUAUCAAUGUGAUAGUGAUUCAGAUCCAAAAGGUGAGGAUCAUUGUGGUGCAUAUAAAACAUUUGAUUUAUCAAAAAAUAUACCAAUUGAUUGUAAUGAUCAAGAUUCUAAAAUGCCUGGUUCAUUUUGUGUCAAAGAAGUUCGUCAAAGUCCACGUGGAUUUAUUUGGGAUGGAAGAUGGAGACAAGUUAUACGUCGUUGUGCAUCAGUUGCAAGUACUGGUGUAACUGGUGUUUGUAAUUGGGGUGUUUAUGAAAAUGGUGUUUAUUGGGAAGAAUGUUCAUGUGCUGGUGAUUCAUGUAAUACUUCAACAAUAAAAUCAUACUCAAUUGGAUUGACAAUAUUAACACUUUUACUUGUUACAAUUAACAUUUCAACGUAAUUCAAUAUACAUAUAUAUUUAAUUUAAGAAGAUGAAAUAAAAUACAAAACAAGUAAAAUAAAUAAAUAA